AUAACUGGAGGCAACGUUAUAUAUUUUACAGUAAAAACUAAAAAGUGUAUUAAUUUUCGUUUACUUUUGUUUGAAUAAUGUCGAUCUCCUCCAAAGUAACCAAGAAUCUAAUCAUAGAAGAAGAUGAUCUUCCUUUUGAAGAGGAGAUCUUAAGAAACCCAUACUCAGUAAAGUGCUGGUCACGAUAUCUUGAACACAAGAAGUCUGCCCCAAAAUCUGUGAAAAACUUGAUUUUUGAAAGGUCAUUGAAGGAGUUGCCUGGAAGCUAUAAAUUAUGGUACAUUUAUCUUAAAGAAUGUAGGAGACAAGUUCGUGGCAAACCUAUCUCGGACUCAUCUUAUGAGGAUGUGAACAACACGUUUGAACGCGCUCUUGUGUUCAUGCACAAGAUGCCUCGUAUUUGGCUUGAUUAUUGCCAGUUUUUAAUGGAUCAGCAUCAAAUUACUCGAAUUCGACGAACAUUUGAUCGAGCUCUCAGAGCUCUACCUAUAACUCAGCAUUAUAGAAUAUGGCCGCUGUACUUGAAGUUUGUACGCUCGUAUCCAAUUCCAGAGACAGCAGUAAGGGUUUACCGACGGUACCUCAAGUUGUUAUCCAACAACACUGAAGACUAUAUCGAUUAUCUGAAAUCAGUAGGAAGAUUAGACGAAGCUGCGAGCAAAUUGGCGGAUAUUGUGAAUCAGGAGAAGUUUGUCUCAAAAGAAGGGAAAUCUAAUCACCAGUUAUGGCAUGACCUCUGUCAGUUGAUUUCUAAAAACCCAGAUAAGGUUAAGAGCCUUAAAGUAGCAGAUAUUAUCCGCGGUGGUUUACGGAGAUUUACCGACAGUUUGGGCCAGCUGUGGUGCUCUUUGGCCGACUAUUUCAUUCGCAGUGGACACUUUGAGAAAGCGCGGGAUGUUUACGAGGAAGCCAUUCAAACUGUGAUGACUGUCAGAGACUUUGGUCAGGUAUUCGAUGCUUACGCUCAAUUCGAGGAGAGUAUGAUCAACACUAAGAUGGAAGAGGCUGCCGAACAAGUCGUUGACGAGGAUGAUGAGACCGAUCUUGAGUUGCGUUUGGCGAGAUUUGAGAACCUGAUGGAUCGAAGACCGCUUCUGUUGAGCAGCGUGCUGCUUCGUCAGAAUCCUCACAACGUUCACGAAUGGCACAAACGAGUUAAACUUUUUGAAGGCAAACCAAAAGACGUGAUCAACACCUACACAGAGGCCGUUCAAACUGUCGAUCCGAAACAAGCUACAGGAAAACCUCACACACUUUGGGUCGAGUUCGCUAAAUUUUAUGAGAAACACAAACAAAUAGCUGAGGCCAGGGUGAUUUUCGAGAAAGCCACCAAAGUUUCGUAUCGCCGAGUUGAUGAUCUGGCGAGUGUGUGGUGUGAAUUCGCUGAGAUGGAAAUACGAAACGAAAACUACAAGAAAGCUUUGGAUGUCAUGAAGCAAGGGACAGCCAUGCCUUCCACCAGGACCAGUUUUUAUGAUGAGUCAGAAACAGUUCAGAAGCGACUUCACAAGUCACUGAAAGUUUGGUCUAUGUACGCUGAUUUGGAAGAAAGCCUAGGUACAUUUGAGUCUACGAAGGCAGUUUACAACAGAAUUCUGGACUUGAAGAUCGCCAACCCUCAGAUAAUCAUCAACUUUGCUGUUUUUCUCGAAGAGCAUCGUUAUUUUGAAGAAUCUUUCAAGGUCUUUGAACGAGGUGUUGCGAUGUUUAAAUGGCCGAACGUUUUCGAUAUUUGGAACACAUAUCUCAUGAAAUUUAUUAAACGUUAUGGUGGAACAAAGCUGGAACGUAUUCGUGAUCUGUUUGAACAGGCUCUGGAGAAAUGCCCAGCAAAAUUUGCAAAAGCUUUCUAUUUAAUGUAUGCACGCCUCGAAGAGGAUCAUGGUCUUGCCCGUCAUGCAAUGGCUAUUUAUGAUCGAGCAACAAAAGCUGUGAUGCCGGAAGAACAAUUUGAGAUUUUUAAUAUUUACAUCAAGAAAGCGGCUGAAAUAUUUGGCGUCACUCAUACAAGAGAAAUUUACGAGAAGGCGAUUGAAGUUCUCGGCGACGAUCAAUCACGUGACAUGUGUGUUCGUUUUGCUGAACUUGAACGUAAACUGGGAGAAAUUGAUCGAGCACGUGCUCUUUACAUGCAUGCUUCACAAAUAGCUGAUCCAAGGGCAACCGCGUCAUUCUGGGAAACGUGGCAUGAUUUUGAAGUACAUCAUGGAAAUGAAGACACAUUCCGUGAAAUGUUAAGAAUCAAACGAAGUGUUCAGGCGAAAUACAACACACAGGUCAAUUUUAUGUCUGCUCAAAUGCUUGCGGCUUCUCAAGCAAUGUCGGAUACUAGUACAGGAACCUCGGUCGAUGACAUGGAAAAAUUAGAAAAACAGGCUCAAAGUUUGGCAGAACAAGCAAAGAAGAAUCAAGCGAAUCCCAAAGGAAGUUUGCUCUUCGUCAGAGGUGAAGCGAGUGAAGAACAAAGUUUAGAAGAGAUGGCUAGAUCAGCCAACCCUGAAGAAAUAUCAAUUGAUGAAGAUGACGAAGAUGAGGAGGAGAAAGUCGAGGAAGUUCAACUCGAGCAGCAAAGUAUUCCGUCCAAGGUAUUUGGCAGUCUUGCAAAGGAUGAUUAGAACCGUUACUUGGCUAACUGAUGAAAUUAGUCUUCAUCUAUCUAAGUUAUAACUUAAAGAACAGGAUAUAAUACAAUAUGCUUUGUCAACUGCAUGAAGGUGAAAAAUAAAGACGUUUUUAUUGUUA